CAUAUUUCUACUUGUGACCUCAUGCUUCUGUGACCUCAUGACACUAUGGUAACCAAUUUUGGUUCUGGGAGAAACAACAAUUGUCAGAUUCAUCUCUCUCUCUCCCUCUUUCUCUAUGAAGUUUGCUCAUUUGAUGGAGAAGGAGGAAAGAAAGAGAAGGUCAAGUGAGACUUCAGCUCCCCUAAGAGUGUAAAGGGAUCUUGUUCAGUUUUGAUCGAUACCAAAAUAUCCUUUUUUGUGAUCGUUGCACAAUGAGGAAGGGGAUGGUGAGAGAACAAUUUCAAAGCCCCGAGUCUUCUGAAGAGCAUUUUACAAGACUCAGAGCGUCAAUCUCGACUAUACUGGGAAUGAAGAAGUUGCCGAUUGACAGUACUGAAUGGGAAAGUUAUUUUGACGAGAGCGGCCAGUUGUGCAAAUCCCGAGACUACGUUGCAGCCCAGAUACUGGACAGGGGUUUAGAUCCCACUGUGAGACCAGAAGCAUGGAAAUUUCUUACUGGCUACUACUCUUGGUGCAGUUCUUGUGACGACAGACUUAUGGCUGACAGCAGAAAACGGAAAAGCUAUGAGUCUUUAUGCACUGUGUGUGAAAAGAUCCAGCCACUGCUAGAGACAGAGCACCGGGGGUUCAUGGAGGUCCAAAACCUCAUCAAAUCUGAUGUUCAGAGACUUUAUGUCAGAGAUGCACAGGGCAACACGCUUGUGGAUAAGAGCCAGCUGGAAAAGAUCCUCCUCUUGAACUACAUGUGCAAUGUGGAAGCUGAAUACCAACAAGGCUUCCAUGAGAUGCUCCUGCUGUUCCGGUUGCUUGCAGAAAAGGAGCAUGAGAUCUAUUGGCUGUUCCAGUUCUUUCUCCAAAAAACCGAGAACAGCUGCAUUAUGAACAUUGGGGUGGAGAAGAACCUGUUCAUGCUCAGAGCUUUGAUUGCAUUUCUGGAUCCAGUUUUUGCAAAGCACUUGGAAGAGAAAGGCCAGGUUGUACCAGCCUUGUUUCCGUGGUUCUGCCUCUUCUUCCAGAGAGUCUUUAAGUCUUUUGAUGAUGUCUGGAGGCUGUGGGAGGUAUUUCUGACUGGACUGCCCUGCAGGAACUUCCAGGUGAUAGUAGCCUACACAAUAUUGCAAACAGUGAGAGAUCAGAUCAUCAAAGAGGACAUGAGUGGAGAUGACAUUUUAAUGCUGUGCAAUAACAUCAUAGAUCUGGAUGCGGAUGAGUUGAUCUCCAAAGCCUGUACCACAUAUGAACUUUUCCUGAAAAACAACAAUAAGGUUCCAAAGGAAUUACAGGAGUUCUUCAGUGAACCACAGAAAUAAAGACACUC